AGUAGAGGGGCUGCUGGGAGUGAGGUAAAUGUGAAGAGAGUUUCAGCGCGCGAAAGGAGCAGCAGGAAGAGGUGCAGAGGAGACGGACUGGGGCUUGGCUUGAAAGUAACAAGACGAAAUUCCGCAAUCCCUAAACAUCUGUAUUAAUAUGGCUGAUACAAAGGAAACGCAAGAGGAGCACGAGCCCUCAACAGAUAACACCGAAGAGACCAAUCACGACCCUCACUUCGAGCCCAUCGUGUCCCUCCCCGAGCAGGACGUUAAGACGCUAGAGGAGGAUGAGGAGGAGCUCUUCAAAAUGCGGGCGAAGCUCUACCGGUUCGCGUCGGAGAACGACCCCCCGGAGUGGAAGGAGAGGGGAACGGGAGACGUCAAACUCCUGCGGCACAAGGAGAAGGGCACGAUUCGCCUGCUGAUGAGGAGAGACCGCACCCUCAAGAUCUGUGCCAAUCACAACAUUCUUCCCGUGAUGGAGCUGAGGCCGAACGCGGGUAGCGACCGGGCCUGGGUGUGGAACACACACGCCGACUUUGCUGACGAGCACCCCAAGCCAGAGCUGCUGGCCAUCCGCUUCCUCAAUGCAGAGAAUGCACAGAAGUUCAAGGCAAAGUUUGAGGAAUGUAAAGAAGUCGUCAGAAAAUCUUUAGACGGUUCGGGCAACAAGGACAGCGCAAACAAAGUGGCCGAGAAGCUGGAGGAGCUCUCUGUAAAGGAUGACACCACCAAGCCAUUGGAGGAGAAAGAGGCGGAGUCUAAGAAAGAGGCGGAGUCUGAGAAGAAAGGGGAGAAGACCGAAGAGGCGAAAUAAUCAGGAACUUGGCUUUCCUCUGAUUUUCAACUUGUCAUUUCCCCCUUUUUUUCUACAAUAGACUCUUAAGAAACUGAAUUUGGACACUUGCAUUUUUGUUCUGUUAGGUUUUGUUUUUUUCCAUUAUUAUUAUUAUUAUUUUGCAUUUGAUUUGCUGUCUGAGAUCACAAGAUCUCGGAGGCCUUUUGAAAUAAUCCAUUCCCCAGUCACAUAAUUGUACUGUGCUCUUUCUUUUUCUCUGUUCUUAUUUUUUAGUUCUUUUUUUUUUUUCCAUAGUGGAAAUAAAUUGUCUGUAUUCUGGUCACCUGUAACUCAAAGUACCUUAAACAUGACACCGUACUGUGAAACAAGCCUUGUGAUAACUGAUAAUUCCCACAUUGGGUGACGCUCUUCUGUUUUCUUUUUUAGGAAAAAUUUUGAGAAUCAGAAAAUCUAGUUUUGCUUGCACGCAUUCCUUUGAGAGUGCUGGCGAAUGACUCGAGCUUAGAAACCACAGGGGGGGAGAGCAGUAGUGUUUCUCCUUGGAUGGAUCCAAAAUGGAUGCCGUUCAAAUAUAGACUUCUCUAAGCCACUACCCCUUGGCUACUGUUUACUAGGUAAGACUCCAUUACUGGCUCACUGAAGGAACAGUAGUGUCGAACGAUGGCCAUAUUAUUGAAACUAAGGAAACCUCAAAUGACAAAAGUUUUUUUGCUUAUGGCUUUUGUGUGGCUGAAGCUGAACUAAAGAAAUGGUUGAUUGGCAUUUAAGAGCUUAGGGGUUGUAUGUCUGACCAGUGAAUUAUCUUAAGUAGUUUUCUCCCCGCCCCAUACAUACUCAAAACUAAAAAUCCAAGCAUAUGAAGAGGCUCUUAAAGAGGAACAUAUAUAGAUGAGGAACUCUUUUGACUCAUCUGUCAGAGCAGCUUAAUAAUCCCUGCUUCCUCAUGUGCCCGAACAUCUGUAAAUAAAUCAAUAAACCUGUCUAAAAUAAGUAGCUCAGAUGGUUUGCUUUUGAUAUACACUCAAAAUCAAAUUUAAUCAGAUGGGUCUCUUGUUCCCCCCCCCUCCUCUCCCAUGAUGGUAGAUGAUGGUAGAAGGUAUUAUGAUGACCACUUUUCACCCAUCUUAUGGGAAGGGGGGGGGGGGGGGCGGUGAUGUUUUGAAUCUUAAAAAAACAAAAAAAAACCAGGAGUGAAUGACCUUGCAUGCAUAGAUUAUUCCACUACCAGGUAGUGGGGAACAUAAACUGGAUGUGUUUUCUUAAUGCUUACUGCCAAAGCAGCUUCGACGUUGCUGGUGAUUACGCUCGGGUGGAGUGGAGCUGUCUGAGAUAUGGUUUGGGGGUUGGGUUUGAGUGGCUGUACGUGUCUGAAUGCUGCCUGGCGUGGUUGAGUUGAGAUGUGGCCAACUGCCCAGUUGUGUGUGACCAGGUUGAGACGCUAAUCGCCCAGCUAAGUAUAUAUUCACAGUACAUAAUUUUUUUUAUGUUGCUUGACUUUAACACUUUUUUGGCAUUCCCCAUUGUAGCUAGCACUUUCCGGCAGUGUGAAAAUGGCACAUCAAGUUUCAUUGGCAAUUCGAUGAAGGAAUUUGGUUCUAGAACGAUUUCACUUUUUAUAGUGGGUAACCUGUUACACAUUGUGUAAUAAAGUUGUGAAAAAAGAAAUGAAAAAAAAAUUCAAAUUAAAAAGUAUGAUGCUCUCUACUCAGUCAUGUGAUCUUUUCAAAAGUGGCUGGCCUUUCUGAGAAAUUGACUGGUAAAAUGGUGUCAAGAGUUGUUCAAACUGGCUUCUCACUUUGUCUUUUUGUCAUGCAGACUAAAAGUAGUGUGAUAUGUUGUAGAAUUUGAGGUGUGUGUUUGCCCUAAUGCUUACUGUUUUCCUAAUUUGAGCCCCAAAACAUUUUUCUAACCACGGCAGAUACCUUGUUAGGUGUCUGCUGAGAUGUAAUAAAAGCAAUCUAAAUAUCAA